GGGGGCACUCUCUCCUUCACUUUUGCGCACAAAAAGUACGAAAUUCUGAUUUGCUGAGAUAUAGAGCAAACCAAACCAAACCCAAAGGAAAAACCAUCCCAAGAAAGCAGCUCCCAAGAUCCGAUCAGAUCCAUUCGACCCUCUUCUCCCUUCCUUCUCUCUAUUUCUCUCUCCAUUCUCUCACUCUUCAACUCUCUCACAGAUCAUUUUCCCCAUAACUCGUUUUCGAAUCGCUUUCACCCUCGCCGGUUAGGGUUUCUUCAAUUUUUUGUCCAAAUGUGCGAGAUCGACAUCCAGGGUUCGUGAAGUUCUUGCUCUCAAACUCUAAGUGCAUGAAGCUUUGGUGUUGUCUAUGUUUCACCUUAGAAGAAGAAGAAGAAGAAGAAGAGCGUAAUCUUCCCAAGCAUAUGAAGGAGGAGGACAUUUUCGGAAACGACGUCGUCGUCGCCGCCGUGCCUGACGCCGACGGUGAUUCCGGAGAUGAUGAGCUUGAUGAGAUGGUUAGGGUUAUGUCUGCUCCUGUGAACGCGUUCGGGUCGUGGCCCGUCACGCGCCUCUCCGAGGGAGAGAGCAGCUCCGCCGCCAGCUUGGAAAGUGCCGCCGUUGAUGAGAGUCGUGAUUUGAGCCACAAACGCGCCAAGUUCUACACUGAUUUUGAUGAGCGUCACUUUGCCAAUUCGGCAUCUUCGAAUACUGGGAAAUGCAGUGUGUCUGCUGAGUAUGGUGAUUAUGAUUAUGUUCAAGGCUCUUCUCUUCGAAACAGUGACACUUGUUAUGAUGCUUUUACAUUGAUGUGUUCUGGUAAGGAGAGUAACUUUGAUUCUAGGUGUGGGAAAGAUGAUGAAGCAUAUGAUAGUGACAUCUCAAAUGUUGAAGAUGCAGAAGUCAGAAUGGAUCUCACGGAUGACUUGUUGCAUAUGGUUUUCUCAUUUUUGGAUCAUCCCAAUCUGUGCAAAGCUGCCACUGUUUGUAAGCAGUGGCGAACUGCUAGUGCUCAUGAAGAUUUCUGGAAGAGCUUGAAUUUUGAAGAUCGUAACAUAUCUGUAGAACAAUUUGAGGACAUGUGUAGGCGUUAUCCUAAUGCCACUGCAAUGAGCAUAUCUGGUCCUUCUAUUUAUAUGCUUGUCAUGAAGGCUAUCUCUUCAUUAAGGAACCUUGAGGUUCUAACAUUAGGAAGAGGACAAAUAGCAGAUACUUUUUUCCAUGCUUUAGCUGAUUGUUCUAUGUUGAAAAGAUUGAAUAUCAAUGAUUCUACACUUGGAAAUGGCAUUCAGGAGAUAUCUAUUAAUCAUGACAGAUUAUGUCAUCUUCAAUUAACAAAAUGCCGCGUGAUGCGAAUAGCUGUCAGAUGCCCACAGCUUGAAACUAUGUCAUUGAAGCGCAGUAACAUGGCACAGGUUGUGCUUAAUUGCCCUCUUUUGCAUGAGCUUGAUAUAGGCUCUUGCCACAAACUUCCUGAUGCUGCAAUACGUGCUGCUGCAACUUCAUGCCCUCAACUAGUGUCACUGGACAUGUCUAAUUGCUCAUGUGUCAGUGAUGAAACUUUGCGUGAAAUAGCACAAAGUUGUGCUAACCUUAGUUUUCUUGAUGCAUCAUACUGUCCUAAUAUAUCUUUGGAGUCUGUUAGACUGCCAAUGCUGACAGUUCUAAAACUUCAUAGUUGUGAGGGCAUCACUUCUGCCUCAAUGGCUGCAAUAGCUCAUAGUUAUAUGUUGGAGGUUCUGGAGCUUGACAAUUGCAGUCUUUUGACUUCAGUGUCUUUGGAUCUUCCACGUUUGCAGAAUAUUAGAUUGGUACACUGCCGCAAGUUUGCUGAUUUGAACUUGAGGACUGUGAUGCUUUCUUCUAUACUGGUCUCUAACUGCCCUGCACUCCACCGUAUCAACAUCACUUCAAACUCACUGCAAAAGUUAGCAUUGCAAAAGCAGGAUAGCUUAACCACAUUAGCUCUGCAAUGUCAAUCUUUACAAGAAGUAGACCUCUCUGAGUGUGAAUCUUUGACAAACUCGAUAUGUGAUGUUUUUAGUGACGGUGGAGGAUGCCCUACGUUGAAAUCACUAGUUCUUGAUAAUUGUGAGAGCUUGACAUCAGUUCGGUUCAUAAGCACCUCAUUAGUCAGUCUUUCCCUUGGUGGUUGCCGGGCAAUUACUACCCUUGAUCUCACAUGCCCCAAUCUUGAGAAAGUCAUUUUGGAUGGUUGUGAUCAUUUGGAAAGAGCAUCAUUUUGUCCUGUUGGUCUUCGUUCUCUCAAUUUAGGAAUAUGUCCAAAACUGAACAUACUCAGCGUAGAAGCAAUGUUUAUGGUCUCACUUGAGUUGAAAGGAUGUGGCGUGCUAUCUGAAGCAUCCCUUAAUUGUCCACUCUUGACAUCUCUUGAUGCUUCCUUUUGCAGCCAACUCACUGAUGAAUGCUUGGCUGCAACAACGACCUUGUGCCCACUGAUUGAGUCAUUAAUAUUGAUGUCAUGCCCAUCAAUUGGUUUUAAUGGACUUUGUUCUUUGCGUCGGCUCCCAAAUUUGACUCUGCUUGAUUUAUCGUACACCUUCUUGGUGAAUUUGCAGCCUGUUUUUGAGUCCUGUUCACAGCUUAAGGUAUUAAAGUUGCAGGCAUGUAAAUAUCUCACAGACUCGUCACUUGAACCCCUUUAUAAAGGGGGUGCUUUACCGGAACUUAAGGAGUUGGACUUGUCUUAUGUAACACUCUGUCAGUCUGCCAUAGAGGAGCUUCUUUCUUGCUGCACACACCUUACACAUGUGAGCUUGAAUGGCUGUGUGAAUAUGCAUGAUUUAAACUGGGGAUGCAGUCGAGGGAAGGUUGCUGAAUUACCCGGUGUAAACAUCCUAUCCAUUGCUAGUUCCCAUGAGAAUGCCCAUGAGUUGAGUGAGCAACCCACCCGAUUACUGCAGAACCUGAACUGUGUGGGAUGUCCAAAUAUUCGGAAGGUUUAUAUCCCAUCAACAGCACAUUGUUCCCAUUUGUUGGUUUUAAACCUUUCUCUAUCGGCUAAUUUGAAGGAGGUUGAUAUAGCUUGUCUCAACCUAUGCGGGCUUAUUUUAAGCAAUUGUUCUUCUUUGGAAGUUUUGAAGCUAGAGUGUCCAAGGUUGACCAGUUUACUCCUUCAGUCUUGCAAUAUUGAUGAGGAAGCUGUUGAAGCUGCUAUAUCAAAAUGCACUAUGCUGGAAACUCUUGAUGUUCGCUUUUGUCCAAAGAUAAGCUCAAUCAGCAUGGGAAGAUUGCGCGCAUCAUGUUCCAGUUUGAAGCGCAUAUUCAGCAGCUUGUCAACUUCAUGAACUUAACCAAGGAUCUUUGAAGUUUUCCAGUGCUUUUCACUUGGAGUGAAAGCACGCUUGGUAAUAAAUCUGGUUAUUUCCUUAUGUAUUGUAAAUGGUUAACUUCUUAUUGUUGGUGUUUGUUUGGCAUAUAGAAAUCAGGUUAUCUUUUAUGGAUUGUUACAAUAAAUUAUCGUUGUUCUACUUGUUACUCGUGUAAAUUUAAGUUUCAAUUUUGUUGAUGCAUGUUAUAUUCUAAAGUAUAGUCUAACCUUUUUUUGUUGUAAAUAGGUGUAUCUGAUCCCUUGCGUAUCAUGACCUUGCAAUAGUCACAUUAUUUAUGCUGUAAAUUUUGUACUAUGAUAUACUGGCAUUUAUAUUUUGAUUCAUGUGAUUUUCUUGGACGUCGCUAUGGACAUUGAUAUGUAGACAUUUUUAUUUGGGCAAAAUUACUAUUUCCUCCCAGAGGUUUAAUGAAAUUUUAUUC